AUGUUUAGUAUCUGUCAAGAAGAAAUUUCUAAAGAAAUUAGAGAGGCCGAUUAUUUGUCUGAGAUAGCUGACGAGACCAGUGAUGUUUCAAAUAUUUUUCAAAUGGCAAUCGUUUUUAGAUACAUAGUAAAAGGAAAGCCAGUUGAACGUUUUUGGGAUUUUUUAACACCGUUAGAUCACGAUGCAAAAUCCCUGUCUUCGGUUAUUCUUACAGACUUUGAAAAACAUAUCAAAGACAACAAAAACAAACUUAUUGCUCAAACGUAUGAUGGAGCAGCAGUCAUGAGCGGGUCGUCCAACGGGGUUCAAGCAAUUGUUAAAAGAACUUAUGAACAUGCUGCUUUCAUACACUUUUACGCGCAUCAAUUAAAUUUGAAAUUCGAGGAAACAAUUAAAGCUUAUCCUUUUUUUGACCCACCAAAAAUUCAAACGGAAUUGAAUAUAAUUUAUGAAACAAAAGAAUUUAGAACAAUUUCCGGUAUUCUUCAACUUUACGACUGUAUUUCUCACAACAGCGAUCUUUGUGAAGUUUUUAGUGAAAGUCUCAAACUUUUAAAAAUUUUAAUAACAAUUCCAAUGGCUUCAGCUGAAGCAGAACGGUGUUUUUCUACACUAAAACGAAUAAAAAACUUUCUAAGAACCAGCAUGAGCCAGGAAAGACUUUCUGCACUUGCUAUGCUUUCAAAAGAAAGGGACCUAAUUGAAAAAGGAGAAAUAUUAUUAGAAGACAUAGAACUAUCAGAAGAAAGAGAAAUAUCAGAAGGAGAAAUGUUAUCAGAAGCCAUAGAACUAUCAGAAAAAAGAGAAAUAAAAGAAGCAGAAAUAUUAGCAGGAGAUAUUGAUGUAUCAGAAGAAAAAAAAAUACCAGAAGAGGAAAUAUUAUCAUACGACAGAAUAUUUCCAGACAAUAAAAAACGAUCACAAUAA